AAAAUGGCAAUUUCCCAAAUUUUUCCAAUAGAUGAAUUAAAUCCAGAAAAUAUUCAAAAUAUAAUUAAAAAUCAAAAUAAUGAUCAAAAUAAAUUAAAUAAUGUAAAAACACCGUUUUUAGCUCAUUUAUUUUCUCUACGUGUUGCAAUGCUUAUUCUUACAUUAAUUUGUUUGACGGUAUUAACAUCAAAUUCUUUAUUAUUAAACUUCACCGUAAUUUGCAUGAAAAAAGAUGCUAAUUUUACAUCAAAUGAACGAGGUGUUUUAAUUGCCGGCACAGCAAUGGGGGGAAUUGCGGCUUUUGGGACUCUUCCCCCCAUAAUUGAUAUUUUUGGUAUUCGACUAGUUUUGUCUGUAUGUGGAAUUGUUUCUGGAAUUGUUACAACAGCUUUACCCGAAUUAUUUUUUUAUGGAGGGUUUUGGGCAAUUUUAAUUAUAAGAAUUAUACAAGGAUUUUGUUUGAUGCCUUCAAUGCCUACAAUAAGUAAAGUUACACAUAGUUGGGCUAGAGAUAGUGAACAAGCUAUUUUUGUGACUAUUUUAUCGUUAUUUAUGCAGCUAAGCGUUAUCAUAACAAUGCCAAUAACUGGAAGAUUAUGUAAUACAUCACUUGGGUGGCCCGCUGCAUAUUACCUUUUUGGCAUUUUAUGUUUAAUUGUUUUUAUUUUAUUUUUUAUUAUCUAUCGUGAUUGGCCACAUCAAUCCUCCUUAAUUUCACAAAAAGAAGCUAGAAUAAUUUCUACUAAUCAACAAAAAAAGAAAUUAAAAGAUGAAAAAGUGCCCUAUAUUAAAAUGUUAACAGACAGGGCUGUUUGGGCCUGUAUUUGUAUUGCUAUAAGUUGUGGAUUGUCACAUUGGUUAUUUGCACAAUAUGGACCGUAUUAAAUUAUAAUGUAAAUUCAACAGGCAUUUGGAUUGCCGCUCCCUAUUUUGCUUCAAUUUUCUCAAAAGUAUUAGUCCCUU